AUGUCAAAGAUGAAUGACAAAUUAAUUAGAAAUUUUCGAUUUGGUGUCAGAUACAAAUUUGAGAAACCUUGUCAGUCAGAUUUAAUUUAUUCUCUAAAAUAUUAUAUUAAGUAA